AUGAAACACCUGUGGUUCUUCCUCCUCCUGGUGGCAGCUCCCAGAUGGGUUCUGUCCCAGGUGCAGCUGCAGGAGUCGGGCCCAGGACUGGUGAAGCCUUCGGAGACCCUGUCCCUCACCUGCGUUGUCUCUGGUGGCUCCAUCAGCAGUAGUAACUGGUGGAGCUGGGUCCGCCAGCCCCCAGGGAAGGGGCUGGAGUGGAUUGGGGAAAUCUAUCAUAGUGGGAGCCCCAACUACAACCCGUCCCUCAAGAGUCGAGUCACCAUAUCAGUAGACAAGUCCAAGAACCAGUUCUCCCUGAAGCUGAGCUCUGUGACCGCCACGGACACGGCCGUGUAUUACUGUGCGAGAGUUGUUCGUGCAUUCUUCCCCGAGCUCAGUGAACGUAUUUAUAAGGUUUACUUUGAAUUUUCUGCUAGGGGACGAACCACACUCACCUACCCACUGUUACUUGCCAACGAGGUGACCCGCAGAGCAGCAGCUGCCGAGUCACUGACAGUGGCUGCUUCCUCCUCCAAACCCUCCAAGAUCUGUCCUUCCAGGAGUGUGAACCCCAGCAGAUCCGCAUGUUUUCAAUGGAUCCACUUAGCUAGUGUCUGUCCUCAGUCCCAUCCCUGGGAUCCUUCCCUGGUGCUGUGUACAGUGUCACAAUAG